AAAAUAAAAAAACUAGAGUUUUGUGACAAUUUUGACCAACCUCUAUCUGUAGGUUUUAUUCCAUCAUCAGUGGAAAUACUAAAGUUUGGUAAAAAUUUUAAUCAAAGUAUAUUACCCAAUGUAUUACCAAAUAGUUUAAAGGAAUUGGAAUUCGGAGAUAAAUUUAAUAACUUUAUCAACAAAGAGAAUUUACCAUCAUCUUUAGAAACACUAAUAUUUGGUAAAGAUUUUAGUUUGCUGAUCCUCGAAGGCCUUCCAGAUUCUAUAACAAGACUAGAGUUCAGUGAUAAUUAUAAUCAAAUUAUUUAUGAAGAAUUUUUACCCAAAUCAAUAAAAAUAUUAAAUAUUGGCAACUUUUGUGAUUCUUCUAUACCACACACCGUUAAAAAAUUAAAAUUAGGAAACGAAUUCAAUCAACCAAUACAAGAAAAUUAUCUACCAGAAAAUUUAGAAAUAUUAGUAUUUGGCGAUAACUUUAAUCAAUUUAUUAAUGAAGAAUAUUUACCAAAGUCUUUAAUAUCUUUAACAUUUGGUAGAGAUUUUAAUCAAAUUAUUUCCGUUAAACAACUACCAUCAUUAACAACAUUAAUUUUUGAUUUUAACCAAGAUAUUGAACAAUUUACAUUGCCAAAUAAUUUAAAAUACUUAAAAUUUGGAGAUAAUUUCAACUCACUAAUUAAUAGAGAUGCAAUACCAAAAUCAUUAAAAACUCUAAAAUUUGGAAAGAGUUUUAACCAACAACUAAACUUUUUGCAGAUAGACCGACGUUUAGAAGUUUUAAAAUUUGGAGAUAAUUUUAAUAGAAAAAUAGAAUUUAAAUUACCAAAUACAAUCAAAAAAUUAACAUUUGGUAAAAACUAUAAC